UUUUUUUCUUAUCGGUAUGAAGAGAAUCAAGGACACAGUUAAAUAUGAAAAUCCCGUUCUUCAAACAUUAGAAAGGAAAAAAAAGCAGAAAACUGGUUUUUAUAGUUCAAUGUUUGAUGCAUCUCAUUCUUUCAACUUGAUUGACUGGGGAAACCUGCCAAUCCAUAUAGUUUUGCAAAUCUUUCAGUGUCUGCCUCUUGUUGAUCGUGCUCGGGCAUCUUCAGUUUGCCGGAGAUGGAAUGAGGUAUUUCAUAUCCCUGAUCUUUGGAGAAAGUUUGAAUUUGAACUUAAUCAGCCUGCUACGUCUUACUUGAAGUCUACUCAUCCUGAUCUUAUUCAGCAGAUUAUCAAAAGACAUGCUAAUCAUUUGCAGUAUGUAAGCUUCAAGGUUGACAGCAGUACUGAGUCUGCAGAAGCAGCAUGUGAUAUUCUUUCUCAGCUGGUGAAUUGUUCUAUUCAGACACUUGGCUUAAUUUCAACAGCAAAGCCAAGUUUCAUGGAUGUUUCUAAGGCUCAUUUUGUAUCAGCGCUGACAGUGGUGUUCAUCAAUUCCAAGUCAUUAUCUUCCAUUAAGAUUGAAGAUACUCCAGUAGAUGAUCCAUCCUUGAAGGUCCUUGUUGCUAAUAAUAGUGAUACUUUAAAAUUGCUUAAAAUGAGCAGCUGCCCUCAUGUGUCCCCUGCUGGAAUUCUUUGUGUUGCUGACCAGUGUCAUGGCCUUAGGGAGUUGGCUCUCAACUACCAUCUACUAAGUGAUGAACUGUUACUGGCUCUUUCAAGUGAGAAGCACGUUAACCUGGAACAUCUCCGUGUAGACGUUGUAAGUGAGAAUCCUGGACAGACUGAAUUUCACACCAUCAAAAAGCAAAGCUGGGAUGCGCUGAUUAAGCAUUCCCCUAAAGUCAACAUUGUGAUGUAUUUCUUCCUAUAUGAGGAAGAGUUUGAUGUAUUCUUCAGGGAGGAAACUCCCGUAACUCAUCUUUACUUUGGCCGUGCAGUAAGCAAAUCAAUGCUUGGCCGCAUUGGAUUGAACUGCCCAAGACUUAUUGAAUUGGUUGUUUGUGCUAAUGGUCUUCAGCCUUUAGAUGAUGAACUCAUUCGCAUCGCUGAACGCUGUAAGAAUUUAACUGCCAUGGGACUUGGUGAAUGUGAAGUUACCUGUCGAGGCUUUAUUGAGUUUGUAAAGAUGUGUGGAGGCAGACUCACACAACUGUCCAUUAUGGAAGAAGUGCUCAUUCCAGAUAGUGACUAUAAUCUGGAUCAAAUUCAUUCUGAAGUUUCCAAACAUCUUGGAAGAAUGUGGUUCCCUGAUAUGAUGCCUACGUGGUAAACUGAUCAAGCCAUAAGACUGUAAUGAUCAGACCUGACUGUACAGGAUGUUGAUUUCUAUGCAAAUAGGGAAUUCUGAAUCAGAGAUAUAAUACUGAAUUAUUUUU